AUGAAAUUUCUAGAAGGUCGUAUUCUCCCACCCACUGAAAAAAGCGAUAAUAAUUCCAAAUACUUUAAAGCAUAUAAUCCUAAUGAGAAACCAAGCAAUAGUGGUGUGAAUAAAAAAACCAUUCCUUACGAGUCCUUUAGUUCGAAGAGAGAAUUUCUUUAUAAGAUAAUGAUAGAAAUAGGGAAUUUAACUGGACCUUAAGGCUUAAUUUAAAAUGAAGCAGAUGGUAAAUUUGAUGGCUUAUUCUUAUUCGAAAAUGUAGAGAGUUUUUUCAAUAAGAUAACAUCCUCAACAUUCAAAAAAAACAUAGUAAAAGCUCUUAUUGUAUUAUCGGAGAUGCUGAAGGAAGCAAAGAAAAUCACAAUUGAGGAUCAGAAGGAGUUUUUAAAUUAAAUAAAAUGCGAUAUACAAAGCAAGGAUGAUAGUUUGCAAAAUAAAAAAAAAAUGAAGGCCAAAAAUAAAUUAGUUGGGUUGCUACAAUAAUAGGACUAGAUCUAAGAUCAAAAUAAUGAAGAAAUCAACAAUCAAAUAAACAAAAGUUUUAAAAUAAUAAAAAAAAAUCUGAAAGAGAUAUUUUUAAAAUGA